CAUCUAUCGCUCUCACUCCAGUCCACAGCAUUAUCCAUUCCAACAAGGUAGAGCGGCCAAAGCCAACCCACGUCUGGCCGGUCGUUCCGUUCCGCUACUGCUAUAUGUGUGUGAGCGCAGCGAGCUAACGAGGAUUGUGUGAGUCCUCGCCAAGGAUUAGUGGAGUUGGUUUGUCCUCAGUAGAUAGUGUCGCGGCAGCUGCAGUUACAUCAAAGGCUUUAGCUCGCUCUUCCAGGUCACAUCAACGCGAACGUUGCUGGAUAGUAACCGUUUGAUAUCCCUCUCUACUGUAAUAGCUGCUGCAGAUUCGCCUUUUCGUCGCAAAGGCUACAUUUUUCCGAACGGACUUAUAAAUGUCGGACCUCAUCGGAAUGAUGCACUGAAGAAAGACUAGGCUACAUGCAAGCGUCUGUCCAGAGGCUGCAGUAUAGCUGAGCGAUUGCGGCACACUGUUGACGUUUUUUUUUUACGGUUCCACAGUCUAACAUCAGUGGUUGUCUGUAAAGGGAGAAUCGUGAAUUUCGAUCGCCCUGCGCUCGGCGAAAACAUAAUGGCCACUCUACUGCGGAAAAUCGGUCUGAUUCGUCUUCACGACCGGGACACAGAGGACCCCAAGCAUCACCAGGGCUCACUAAAGGGGACCAAGGGGAACACGAAGAACACUAAGCAGCACUGUCAGACCACCAACGAGACGAACAACAUCCUCAGCACCCCCGAGAUCAAAGCGAAGAAGCUGGACCAGCACAACAGCAAUGACAAACCGUCCGUAAAGGAUAAGCAACAGGGCAAGGACGCCAAUGAGAAACAGCAGAUGGGAGGUGGUGGAGGAGGUGGGAUCGGGGUUGGAAAAUCAGCGACCAGUGCCUCAAUACCACCACUAGCCCCUCACCGGCAGCACUGCACCCAAGUCCGGACGAGGAGACUUAUGAAGGAACUCCAGGAGAUCCGGCGGUUGGGAGACAACUUUAUAACGGUCGAGCUGGUCGACGACAAUCUAUUUGACUGGAACGUCAAGCUCCACCAGGUGGACAAAGACUCGGCGCUGUGGCAGGACAUGAAAGAAACAAACACCGAGUUCAUUCUGCUGAAUGUCUCUUUCCCCGACAAUUUCCCCUUCUCUCCGCCAUUCAUGCGGGUGCUCACCCCUCGGUUGGAAAACGGGUACGUUCUGGACGGUGGAGCGAUAUGUAUGGAGUUGUUAACCCCCCGCGGAUGGUCCAGCGCCUACACAGUGGAAGCCGUGAUGAGACAAUUUGCGGCCAGUCUGGUAAAAGGACAGGGGCGUAUCUGCAGAAAAGCAGGGAAGUCCAAGAAGGCGUUUAGCCGCAAAGAGGCGGAGGCCACCUUUAAGAGUCUGGUGAAGACCCACGAGAAAUACGGCUGGGUCUCCCCCCCUGUGUCUGACGGCUGAGGUGACGGGCCGGCCAUGACACUAGCUAGCCAUGCUAACCAUGACACACCACGCUAACUCGACUCCUCCUCCUUGACCAUACCACUCCACCGCUCCAGUUGUUUUCGGUUGCUUUGGGUUUUUUCUUGUUGUUGUCUUCAUCAGCUCACUGAGACUUCAGAAGGAACAAAUAAAGGAACGCUUGCCUACUUCGUCUUCACUUUGCCGAUAAUCGUCAUAAUCUCGUCAUCAUCAAGCCUCCCUCCUGCGCUGCACUCCUCCCUUCCUCCUCUCUCUCUGCGUUCAUCCCUCCUUCGGCUGAGUAGAAGGUUCUGCGGGAUGUGCGUGAACGGACUUAUUCAGGAAAGUGUGUGUGUGUGUGUCAGCGGAGUGUUUGUCACAGCGGUUGAUGGAUUGGGUUUCCGACACACGCACACACACACCAACCACACACCAACCACACACCCACACUGACUGUGUGGGGAUCUGUGGAAAGACUGUGAAAGACUACUGAGAAGAGGGAGAUGUAUCCCCUCUCCUCUUUUGUCCCACCCUCCCAUCUCACCUUCCUUCCUCUCCUCUUUUGUCCCACCCUCCCAUCUCACCUUCCUUCCUCUCCUCUUUUGUCCCACCCUCCCAUCUCACCUUCCUUCCUCUCCUCUUUUGUCCCACCCUCCCAUCUCACCUUCCUUCCUCUCCUCUUUUGUCCCACCCUCCCAUCUCACCUUCUUUCCUCUCCUCUUUUGUCCCACCCUCCCAUCUCACCUUCCUUCCUCUCCUCUUUUGUCCCACCCUCCCAUCUCACCUUCCUUCCUCUCCUCUUUUGUCCCACCCUCCCAUCUCACCUUCCUUCCUCUUAUCCCUCAUCGCUCUCUCUAAGCUGACACUACAAUGUACUGAACUGAAGUCCAUCCAGUCUGCCUGAUCAUUAAAUCCUGACCAGGCUGUUGAUGUUUAAUAGACAGGCAGUGCAGGACGGCAGCUCAUGCAUUCACCCCUUCUUUUUUAUUAGAUUUUUCUCUCCUCUGUUCUUUUCUUUUGACUGUGCUGUUUUUCACAGUUCAAUGCAACAUGAAGAUUGUAAUGUAUGUAGAGCUGUGCUCUCUCUCCAUCUCGCUUUCUAUCGUUAAUUCUCCUCUCUCUCUCUUUGUGGCUAAAUUUAGACCUCAGUGUGUUGCGUAGACGGUUAUUGAUUUCCAACGAGAAAAAAAAUCACUCGCUUUAUAUGCAGAGACUGUACGAAUAGAAUGACAGUCGACCACAGCAAUCUCUCUCCUCUCUCUCUUGCUCACUCUCCUCUCUCUCUCUUUCUCUCUCUCGCUCUCUCUCUCCUCUCUCCUCUCUCUCUCUCUCUCUCUCUCCUCUCUCCUCUCUCUGUCUCUGUCUCUUUCUCUCUCUCGCUCUCUCUCUCCUCUCUCCUCUCUCUCUCUCUCUCUCUCUCUGUAUCUCUCUCUGUAUCUUUCUUUCUCUCUCUCUCUCUCUCUCUCUCUCUCUCUCUCUCUCUCUCUCUCUCUCUCUCUCUCUCUCUCUCUCUCUCUCUCUCUCUCUCUCUCUCUCUCUCUCGCUGUCUCUCUCUGUCUCUCUCUCUCUCUCUCUCUCUCUCUCUCCCCUUUCUCUCUCUCUGGUCACAUUAUCAUGUAUAGAUGAAGACCAGCAGCUAUAAUUCAUAAUCCAUGAUUUAGGUACCAGAUGGUCAAGCUAAUAAUCAGGCCCCUGAAAGGUGUGUGCAUUGGCACAUCACAUGCACACUCAGCAUUUAGCGUUGGCUCGCGUGCACACACACAUCUGCCAGCGUGGCUGUGUGUGAUGAUAACACCCCUAAAUUAGGAUGGACAGAGCAGAACUCUGGCGAGGAUGGAGUGGUGGAAUAAUAAACAAGUGCCCUCUGAGAGAUGACUGUGUCUCAGUGAGCUCCUGAUUAAUGUCUGGAGGGAGGGAGAUAGGGAAGGAGAGAGGGAGGGAGAGAGGGAAGGAGAGAGAGGGGGAGAGAGGGAGGAAUAGAGGGAAGUAGAGAGGGAGGAAGAGAGGGAGGAAUAGAGGGAAGGAGAGAGGGAGGGAGGGAGAGGGGAAGGGAGAGGGGGAAGGAGAGAGGGAGGAAUAGAGGGAAGGAGAGAGGGAUGCAAAAUUUGAUGUUUACCGCCAGCUCCUCGAAAUGUCAACUGGAAUUCAGAAUGGCUGAAAAAACAUUGUGUGUAAAGCAAUGUUCAUACAGUACAUCCUUAUAGAUGAUGUUCAUCAUCAGGGGGAUGAUAUGUGUGUGAGAGUGGUUGUCUCGUGUGUGACGGUCUCUUGGACACAGUUAAAGACAUCCCCAUCUGGUAUCUAAUCAUGAGAAAGGGUACGUUUUAAAAUGGUACCCUACUGUAUUACCCAUCUAGUGCACUACUUGUGACCAGAGCCCUAUGUAGGAAAUAGGGUGCCAAUGGGAUGAGGCCUAAGUCAGUGCUGACGGUCUUCUUCCUUUUCUGUUGGGGACAGUCAAGUCAGGGUUGGCUGUGGGCGUUUCUCUGUGCUUACGAUGAGAGGAGAAAACUACUGUAAAAUUAAGAAUUAAUAUAAGACAAAAUAUCUCCAAAUUGGGUGUUUGCUGGUUUAAAGAGAAUCAUUUUGUGAUAUAGUUUAGAUCGUUAGUUUGCAGACACUAACUGGGUGAAUCAGUUCUGUUGUAUUAUAUCUGCAUGUGGUAAGUGAUUGGUAGCUAGCUAUCUUUUUUUCAAGAAAAACAACGGGAAAAACGACGACGGGGUAAAAAACGAACAGCAAAAUGCUGAUCUUCUCUUGUUCUCUUGAUUUCCGUUUUCUGUAUUUAUAUUUUUCGUUCCGACUUCCUAAAAAUACUUUCACGUUAUGUUCUUUGAAUGUUUGUGUUUUAAUUUAUUUGUGGUUUGCCAAAAUGAAGAUGUUGAAGCAUGUCGCAGGUAUUGUCACAGAAAAAGAGAAAUAAAUCCGAACUAAGAAUGAUGAUGCUUAUCUGUGUCAGAAGGAGGGUGUUCAGUUGUAUAUUUUGUAGGGGACUUUCAAAGAACCAGAUUAAGAAGGACUAGACAAUGAUGUCAACAUUCUCCAGGAACUAAUCUCACUGGGAGCAGAACUCUAUGGAACCCACUGGAACUGAAGGAUCAAUCGGGAUUCUCUGCUCUCACGUGUAUUUCCUACUCUCUUCUGUGAUAUCACUGAUGUCCAUCCUUCUUUUUCUGGUUCCAGACUUCGGUACUGCUCGGGUAGAAGUUGCCCUUAGGCACAGAUCUAGGAUCAGUUUACCCUGCCUAAAUCCUAACCUUCACGAUUACAAUGGAAUACGCACAUCUGCCCCUAGAUCAGCUUCUUGGGGCAACUUCACCCUACUCCCGAUUGAAGUGUCUAGUCCAGGCCGAGGUCAAAAGUUCAAAAGGUGAAAGGUCAUUGCAAGACCAAACAGGAAUGUGCAAUAAAAGUUACAGCUUAUUGAAACUGA